CUUUGGUCACAGGAAAAUUUGUCCACGAUUUAUACGGACAGUACCCUGAAGCGACUGCGAAAAGCCCAAGAUUUCUUCUGGGCGGAACAGAAGAUGCUUUCAGUUCUUAAGAUGUUGUCCUGGAAUCGUCUGGUGGUGUGCCUAACCGUAUACAUGGCGCUGGUGACCCCAGGGACCAAUGCAAAGCCCCGUGGGACUCUCACGGGUUCCGCAAUUAAAUAUUCGACCGACAGAGAGAACCGUGGUCUGUGGCAGUUUGGUUCUAUGAUUAGCUGCGCCACCCAGCGGAGUCCUUUAGAUUACACCGAUUAUGGUUGUUUCUGCGGAUACGGGGGUGGUGGAACGCCCAUGGAUGGCGUAGACAGGUGCUGUCAAAUGCACGAUAGCUGCUAUGACAUGGUGAUGAAGAAAUGUUGGAGUAUCUACCCGUACCUGGCCCCGUAUAGCAGCACCUGUAAAAACAGGAGGAUAACGUGCCACCAUCCUUGGUGGUCGUGGUCCCAAUGCCCCAUGAUGCUUUGCGAGUGUGACAGAAUGGCGGCCUACUGUUUCACCUGGCAUGACUACAACCCGGACAACUAUGGGAGAUGCGAACAACCAUCGGCCUCGCCUACUCAAUAAGACCUACUGAAAAAGUAGAGUCAAGAUCCUUGACCUUUUGGAUUUCUGUUCUCCAUUUUCUUUGCCCAUGGCCGAUGGACUUCAGUGCUAUCAUUUAACCUAGCCCGCUACAGUUGUACGUUUUAUAUAGAAGCUCAUAACGUGAAUGAAAUGAAUAAAAGUAAAUAGAAAGAAGUAUAAUAGUAUGAUAGAUAAUACAUAAAUAGAAUUACGGUAAUCAGAGUAAUAUCAUGAUAAUUACAACAAAUGGAAAAAAAAGUUAAGUUCAUAGAGCAAAUAUGGGUACCCCAGUACAAGGUGGAGUAUGUUCUUCCAAUGAUGUUAUAUAGGAGGUUUUCUGUAUAACCUCCUUGGUUCUAUCCCGUUGUACAUUUUCAUCCAAUUACCAAGUAAAGAAAAUAAAGGAACCAAGAAAAGGAAACAAUGAAGAUGCACACAUUACAUAUCUAUGAUAUCUUAUGCAAUACGUUAUUCACAUUCAUGGCCUGUCUAAAUACAACAGCUUUCAACAAAUACGAUACCAGAAGUAGAUUUGACUAAUAUAUCUUUACAUCUGACAGCUCUCAUAAUGCUAAGUUUAAUACAUAGAAAUACUGUUUGUGAUUGUUUGAAUAUUUAGCUAUACUAUACUAUCUAGUCAGUACA